AACUUAAAUCCAUUUCUAAAGUACACUCUUCGCAGGAAUUUCCAAAUGGGCCUUCUAAUUCCUUUUGUGCUUGCGUUACAGCUGUUUUAUUCCUUGGCUGUUCCAGUGCAGCCACCACCCUUUAUUCAGUUAAGUUCGCCGCCAUGUAAUUCUUCUGCAGUGAAGGCUGUUGCAGAAGCGGCCCUCAACAAGCUCAAUGCACAUCGAAGGACAGGCUACGUGUUUGGUCUCCAGAGGAUCUUUGAUGUCCGCGAACUUCCACAGGGACCUAGUGACUCUCUCUUCUAUCUCACUUUGGAUGUUCUGGAAACUAACUGCCAUGUCCUGAGCAGGAGAUUGUGGAAAAAUUGCACCUUCCGGCCUCCACAUGAGACCGUCUAUGGCCAGUGUAAAACUACAGUUCAAGUCAACAAGAAUAAGGAAUUCAGCUUUCUCUACAACUAUGACUGUGUUUUACGCCCACUUCCCGCUGCAGCUAUUGUAAAACUAUGCCCCGACUGCCCAUUAGCUGGUGACCCAACAGAAGCCAAGUUUCAAGAAGCAGCUGCUGAGAGCCUUGCCAAAUUCAAUACAGAAAGUAAUCAAAUUCAUUACUUUGCCCUCCGCAAUGUAACCAGAGCCACUUCACAGUGGGUUGUUGGUCCUUCAAGCUUUGUGGAAUUCGUCAUCCAGGAGACAUCCUGCCCCAAAAGUGGACCUGUACCUGAUCUCUCCAAGUGCCCCCUCCUCCCUGCUGAAACUGCAGAGACAGGUCUAUGCAAAGGCUCUUUGGUAAACAGCCAGAUCGAACAUCGGAAAUUUAUUACUAUAAAGUGUGACUUCUUCCCACCACAGGCACAAGAAGAUGGUGAACCACAAUCUGGAGCACAACCUGGGAGAGAUGAACACCAUGCUGAUCAUGAAAGCCAUGAAGAUGACCAUCAUCAUCACCAAGAAGGGAAAGGACAUGGUCACCACCAUCACAAUGGUGGCCACUCUCACCCUCGUGGUGGUGGCCACUUCCACCACCACAGUGAUGGUCACUCCCGCCAUCAUGAUGAUGGUCCUCCCAAACAUAAAAAACAUCAUAGAGAUCAUUCACGAGAGGACCAAGAGCCACAGCAUCAACAUCUCUCUUCUGACAGGGACCAAGUAAAAACAGUAGGGCAGGUGAUAAUACUUCCCCCUUCAAACGAACAUGUGUCUCUCCACACCUUGCCAGAAAUUGGAGCAGAACCACUGGAUGGAAAACCUGUCCCUCCACAAGUGGAGGAGCCAGAACCAAUCCCCAAGUCCAAACUUCUUGGUAGUCCCAGUGACCCUGAGAAAGGUAGUCAUCCAAUGCAGAUACCAACAGGGCAGCCAGGCUUGACCAAGCCUACUAGCUCAAACAUUCCUCCCUACCCUGCUGGGUUUUCAGAAUCGGAUACAUGUCCAGGAGAGAGCACAGUAAACAUGCUUGGCUUUCAGUUGCCUCAAAGGCCCAUAAUAAAAACACCCCCAGGAGGUACACAAUCCCAAACUGAGUGAUGUAGAACACUAAGGGGCUUGGCACCAUGAGACACAAUAUCCUCUCUGCGUGUGAGAACCAAUUAGAAGAAGGAAGUACAGAAUAGUUUGCUGGAUUUCUCAAUGCAAAAAGCAAUACUCUCCCAUUUGAUUUUGAAUUGUAUGAACUCAUGCAAGGGUACUAGAUAAACCCCUGAUGUACAAAUGUUAACAACAAUUUGCACAAGUGACAGCAUUUUACUAAGACUGCUGCCACCCUGCACAAUUAAUGCAGUUUGACACCACUUUAAUGAUCAUGGCUCCAUCCUAUGGAAUCCUGGGAUUUGCAAUUUGUUGUGGCCCCUGCGCUCUCUGACAGAGAAGGCUAUAUUUCUCACCAAACUACAAAUUCAAGAAUUUUAUAGCAUUGAGCCUGGAAGAUAAGUGUCAAACUGCAUCAAUUCUGCAGUGUAGAUGCAACCCAAGUUAGGUGUUUCUUGCACUUUUUGUCUCCUAUUUAGCUCAACCUAUACAUGAGUCAGCCAACUAUCAUCAUCAUCAGAGGUGGUGCAUAGUCCAAACUAUAAAGGAGCUAUCCAAGGCGCUAAAUGUGUCUUGGGCACAUAAUUCAACCCCUUGGAUAGCUCCUUUAUAGUUUGAACUACAACCCAGAGCAUAAUCAUCAUCCCACUGACAUGGAAACAACCGCCGACUGCUGGUUUUUAUCCAUUUGUCAGCUUUCUUAGUGUAUAAAGCUUGGAGUCGAGUCAUAAGGAGUUUUGCUUUUAAGUAAUACCUGGAUUGGGAGAAAAGUGCCUAAUACUACAGAGUAUGGGACGGUAGGGUGGAAAGACCAUCCUGCUCCCCUCGUGAUUGAAUAUUUUUGACUGUAAAGACGACUUCCCACCCUAUGCUUUAUCUAAGAGGAGAGAAGAUAUCUGAACAAGCAAAUGUACCUGUCCCAAAUUCCCUCUAGUGUGCUUACUUCAAACCCUGAGAGUCCUCUCCAUUAGAUUUCACUUUCUAAUUUUCGUGUAAAUUAUAGAAUGGAAGAGAUCUCAAAAUGAGUGUUCCCCUGCUUUUGUCAGCCCCAGAAGACUACCCCAGAGACCAACAUAAAUGGGCCUAAUGCUCUGCUCCCUCUGUUACCUUGCCCUGCCUUCCCCACGUUUUCUCACUGCAAACCCCAUGCAAGACAUCUUUGCAUUAUUUGCACCAUUAUUACCCGAAGAGAACAUGUCCAGGGAUUUCAUCUGAUGAUGGCUUCCUCUCCCCAAAAGUAAGGCUUUGUUGAUGUGGUUGGGGAAGAGGAGAAUGGCAGUGGGGAUGAGCAGUGAAGAUGGACAGACAAGCCUAUCAAUUUCAUCUUCUUCCAUGGUGAUAGAAUUUAAAGAUGUAGGACCUUAUCACACUAGACGAAUCCCAGGAAGGAACAAGAUUUAAAAGUAGAAAAAACCUGCAAAUGAAGGGUGUUUUUCAGACGACAUUUCUUACAAAGAGCAAUAGAGCGAAAAUGAAGCAAAAAGUUGAAAAAAACAACACCUUUUUACUUUCAGGAACUUCCAAAAGUAAAAAAGGGUGUCAUUUUUGUCAACUUUCCAUUUGCUUUUUUUUCACAUUAUUGCUCUUUGGUGCAAACGCGUCUGAAAAACAUCCUGCAUUUGUGGGUUUUUCUACUUUUAAAAUCCUGUUUCUAUGUGGGAUUCGUCUAGUGUGAUAAGGUCCAUAGCCCUGUUAGUCUGAAAAAUCAGUAUGCAAAAGGAUCUUGUAGCACCUUUGAGACUAACUGAAAGAAAGAAGUUGGCAGCAUGAGCUUUUGUAGACUUGAGCCAACUUUCUCAGAUGCAUGUAUUGGAGGGGCGAGUCUAUAGACAAACCUAUACAAGUCAUUUGUGUGUAAGAAUAUCAAUUCACAUUCAAAACCUAGUGGGUAUGGAGAUGUGGUCCCCCAUCAACCUCAAGUUAAAACUGUGUUUUGACACCACUUUAACUGCAAUGUCUCAAUGCUAUGGAAUUCUGGGAAUUGCAGUUUGAUGUGACACCAGAGCUUUGCUUUACACCAAAUUGCAAUUCCCAGAAUCCCAUAGCAUUGAGCCAUGGUUAAAGUUAAAGUGCUGUCAAACUGGAUUAUUUCUGUAGUGUGGAUGCAGCCUAUGUGUGACAUGAGAUCCAUGGGAGGGAGGAUUGAGAGAAAUCAGGUUAUUUCAAGAAAGAGUUUGGAUGCAAAGCCAUGGUUAUACAGGUGAAAUCUAAACAAAAAGAACUGAAAGCUGUUGCCUCUUCCAGGGACUGUCUCCCUGUCUGGAGAAACUUUCCUAACUUUAAUGGAACCCUUGCAAUAAACCUUUACUUUAUUUCUUUA